UUAUUAAUUUAAUACUCAAUAUAUUUGUUUAUCAAUUGAUUGUCAAUUGUUUGCAAAAUCAUUAUUUGAUUAUUUAUUUAUCAAACUAUCAAACAAUACAUAACAAGUUUUACAUCAUUGGUUAUAAUCACUUGUUUUGAGUGUCCAUUAAUGGGAUUGAAUUCAUCGAAAGCUAUGGAAGUUAAUGAUUCAGUGAAGAAGUUUGUCGACUCUGUUAUAUCGGACAACAAAGUUGUGGUCUUCUCAAAGAUUUACUGUCCUUUUUGUUCAAAAGCCAAGAAGGUAUUAGAAAAGUAUCCCAUUCUUGACAAUCAAUAUGUUGUCCUCGAGAUUGAAGAUAGAGACGAUUGCAAUCAAAUUCAAGAGUAUUUAAGACAAUUAACCGGUGCUUCUUCGGUUCCCCGAGUCUUUAUCAAUGGUAAUUUCAUCGGUGGUGGCGACGAUACGGUCAGACUGGACUCAAGCGGAGAACUCGGUAAAAGACUGGAGGAAUGUCAGGCUUUGAAACAAAAGUUAUGAAUUCAAUAGACGUUUGGUUUUAAUAUUUUGAAUUUCUCAGUAGUUUUCAUUUUUUAAAUUUUAUUGUAACAAAAUUUUAAUAUCUAUACAAAUUAUAAUUA